AUGUACCAUCACGGCCGAGCUCCUCUCACAAGCUCAUCCCCAGAUCCGUUAGAUAGGCAAGAUGAAAUGCGGGGAAAUAGCUAUGAAGAUGCACCUGGUGAGGUGUCAAUCAGCCCCCUAUCGCCACUGGUUCGCCACGUCGAAUCUCAAUUGGAGUUUUCUGAGAGAUCUUCAUCUGCAUGUUCUACAAGAGAAACCCCAUGUCACCCAGGUAGUGAUUGUCAAAAUGGAGUUCAGUCCAAAAUCGAGCCACGAUGGCGGAUGCCAACAGGCUGGAAGCUUGGCACGAUGAUGGCAGCUACCUUAACAUUUGUUAUCUUACUGGUGAAUACGAUUCUUGCAGCGUUAUUCACUUCAAGCGUCCUCCGGACCAAAUAUUCCAGCAGCAGCAUCGCACCUGUUCGCACUGGCGACUGCGGAGCCAUCAAGUCGCUUGCAACCGGCACCCAUGUUCUCAUCAAUAUCGUCAGCACUUUGCUCCUCGGUGCAAGCAACUAUUGCAUGCAGACCGUUAGCGCUCCUAUGCGACAAGAUGUCGACAACGCUCACGCCCGGGGUAAAUGGCUGGACAUUGGAAUUCCCAGCGUCCGGAACUUGCUUUAUAUCGAGAAGAGAAGGCUUGUCGUCUGGCUCUGUUUAGGCCUUUCAUCUAUCCCACUCCAUUUUAUUUAUAACUCCACGUUCAUUGUGUCCACUGCAAACCAACUGUACCAAAUUCUACUAGUGAACGAAUCUUUCAUCAGUGGGGGACCAUUCGACAUAGACAGUAAGGAGCGCCAUCCACUUUUCGAUAUAGACGGUCAUGAGUAUUAUAUACCUUUCGAGCUCGAGGUCGGUCAGAGCCUACAAUUCAUACAGGAGGCAGUGCAGAAAAAUGAAUAUGAGAAGUUGACACCGGACGACUGUAUCAAAGCGUAUGCAAAGGGUGUAGUCUAUGACAGAGCAAACGUCGUCGUGGUACUCAGCCCACCGGAAGACUGCCAUGAGUUAAAAAACUUACCCAUGCUUUCUGAGGCGAAUGGCCCCGUGUACUGUGAGCCACCAAUGAACAGCUCCAUCUAUGCUUCGCUCCGCUACGAAACCAUUCUCAAUGCCAAUAGGGGGAACAAUGAUUGGUUUUCUUGGAUAUGCUCCCUAAUGUCUUAUGAGGCAGAUCAUUUGAGGCUGCCGAAGUGCAGAGACGGAGCUUGGAAGAACCAGAUGAGCCCAGCUAUUUGGACAAUAGGGACCGCCAGAGUCAAGUAUUGCUUGAGCCAGAAACCGAAAACCCCAUGCCAGUUGAACGUUGCUCUCAACCUCAUCUACGUGGUUGUCUGCUUCAAUGCUCUCAAGUUUGUGAUCAUUGUCAUCUUAGCCACGAGCAAUCUGGUAAAUCGAGAACCCCUUGUCACAAUUGGAGACGCCGUUGCCUCGUUCAUCGAUUCUCAAGAACCAGCGACGAAGGGAAUGUGCUUGCUAUCGUCUGCUGAGGCCCAUUUUUCUCAAGAAUUAGAUGAUUAUCAAGAGGUAUCAGCCGUCGUAUAUAAACCGCAGAACAACAGAUGUUCGGUGGCCGCUAGCCUUCGCCGCUGGUUGUUGGCUUCGAUACUUAUCAUUGUGGCUUUGGCUACUCUCGUUGGACUGCUAGGACACGGUGUACAUGAUUUGAACCAGCGUUUCUCGCGUGGUGAUUGGCAAUCGCUAUGGGAUCUUGGCAUCGGUACCAUCAAUCCAUAUACGACCAUUGAGUGGAAGUUGCCGAGACGAGGCGAAGCGUCCGUCAUAGCCACUGUACUAAUCUCCAACUUGCCCCAAGUCUUGCUUUCUUUUCUCUAUCUCAUUCUGAACGGCUUAAUCACAUCGAUGGCGGGUGCUAUCGAGUGGUCGAAGUAUGGCCAAGGUACUCAACGCCCCCUCCGUGUAUCUUUCCCAAAAGGCAAGCAGCGAUCUACCUUCUUCCUACAGCUUCCGUACCGAUACAGUAUUCCGAUGCUGUCUCUCUCAGUCUUGAUGCAUUGGAUGGUCUCUCAGAGCUUGUUUGUUGUGCAGAUAUUCGAGGAGAGCACCUGGGAAUCUAUUUAUGAAGAUGCAGAUUAUUUAGGCGUUGAUUCAGCAAUUACGAUUCCUGCCUACUCCCCCAUGGCUAUUAUCUUGACAAUUGUCAUCGUGGCAGUAACAUUUCUUGGCAUAGUGGGAUUAGGUAGGGUCCGAUUGAGAGAUGGCCUACCUACAACCAAGAACAGUAGUUUGGUUAUCUCGGCCGCAUGUCAUCCAUUGGAGGGGACCUCAAGCAUGGAAGCCGUGAAAUGGGGAGUGGUACUAAUUGCAGAAGAUGGUUCGAACCAGGUGGGUCAUUGCUCCUUUUCGAAUCAUAAAGUUGGUUUCCCGGAGGAAGGAAGGGCAUACUCGUAA